GAGGCUCUUUGACUCUCCGGUGCUGCACUUGGCGGGGGUUUGCUGGGAUCAGGAAAGGCUGCUGUAGAUACUCUCGUGUGCUAAGCGUGAUGACCAAUAUCUUGACGACAAUGGCUGGAAUUUCCCCAAGGAGGACUGCGGGCUCUCAAGUAGUGAGAUGGUCAGUGAUGCCUCUUAAUGUAGAAGCCAUCUCGCUGCUUGAUAAUUCAGGCUUGUCUUGCACAGUUUGCCCAUUGUGUGCACCUGUAAUACCAGUUACUGGCAGUGCAGCCCAACAGGAGUCUCUCAACUCCUUUAGCGGAGGCCAAGUGCUGUUGUUUGUUUCUAUCCUCAAAGGCAGAGCUAUGUUGUUUCUUCUCAGUGGUUUAGCCAGAAUGCUAAAUAUGUGUUAGUCCACUGUAUUUAGAAAGGUGUACCUAUCAUUACAUAUGCAAAUAGAAUAUGCACAGUAAUGAAUUUACUUUGAAUGAAUUGUGGAGAUGGCAAUGCAAUCUCCACACCUUAAGUCCCCAUAUAGAUGUAACUUUUCUGGUUCCACCCUAAGACAGCUCUACAUAUCCAGUUCCCUCUGAUAAAGCUUACGUAAACAACCGGAGUUCCUAUUUUGCCCUUGAAGGUCAGUAAAUACGGGAGCUGAUUUCAGGGAAGCUGAUCUCAGAACUCCCUGAUGCACAUACUUCACAAAUGCCGGUUUUCAAACCACUCACGGUGGUCCCAGGGGAGCUCUGCUCACAAUAGUGCUGCUUAUUGACAAUUUGGAGAUUGUCUACUGUAUUGGUGGUUAGAAUUUUACAAGGUGACUGUGCAUUUUUACAAUUAAUUUUUUUUUCUUUUCUGUGGUUGUAGUGUGAACCCUUUCUGGUGUUAUUACAUUAACUGGUGCUGUCAACCUUACCCUGUUCUCCUGUUGUAGAUCCAGUACUGAUGAAAGGGUACUUUUGUCAGGGAACCCUCACUUAAAAUUCCUCUGUCAUCCUCCGGGAAGGGAUUGUUAACACUGGGUUAUGAGUCAAGAAAUAAGGGUUUGCUGGGUUACAAACCAAGAAUACAACUUAUUCAGGCUCACAAGUGACAAACUUUCAACAGGUCAUUUAAACUCUAUGCAUUGUUUCCUCCAGUUUGGACCGACAGAAUUAUGCUUGCAGCCCUUUUUUCUGUGUCUUGAGAGCAGAAUGGAAGGUGCCCUGCAAAUGGUACUGUGUUUUAGCAAGAGGGUUGUUUCAAUUGUUUGCUCCUACAGAUUUCCAGGAAAGUUUCAAGGAAGAGUCUGUUUAGCAAAGCUGACUUCAUAACUUACUGAGAAAAACAGCUUUUCUGCCCAGCUGCUACUUUGGGACAUGUUUUUUAAAAAAGACUUUUUAGACAAGACUAAAUUCUACUGCCUGACAUACGUGGGUGCAGCAGAGAAACAUGUCACAAAGAAUGGCUGUCUCAAAAAAGUCAAAGAGUGGGGAGAGAGCACAGAGAAGAAAAUUAUUAGCGUCCCCAAGGACAUGUUGCUGUAGUCUUUCAUGCCUGGAAGUGUUGCAACACCUUGAUCCUACUGCUACCUCAGUGUUAUCAGUACCAUUUUCAUGACAGUACCUGGCUCUGCUUGUAAAGCUCUGAGUGCAGAAUUGGUGCCUGCAUAGUAAAGGCUCUGCUCCCCUCCCACCUGUGCUACUCAUCAGUAAAGGAGACAAAUUAGUUCUUGUGGGCACAAUCUGAAACCCUGGAGAAAGAUCAAAAGAAUCCCAGUGAGCACAGUGGCUCUAAAAAUGUAUUUGGCCCAAAUAGAAAAGGAGUUGGCAAGCACUGAUUCCACUUAGCAAGACAUUUGAUGAACAGUCUCUGAUCUAGAAGCUUGGAUGGAAAUAUUAGUUGCUGUGACUGCAGCUGCUGACACCCUCCUAGUGUUUGGAAAGGAACUCUCUUCUGAAUAUCGACCUCACCAACCAUCUCCAUGCUGUUAAUUGUUAAAAUGGAUCUCCAAAAGAUGUUUUCAGAGCUGCACAGAAUUUACUACCUAGAGUUCAAAGAAUGACUGCUUAUUUUCCACUUUUUACAUUAUUUUCCAUUUUACAGCUGUGUAUUGGCCUAAGAAAGACAAUGAACUUUGCCUCUAGGCAUUUAGCUCUAAAAGAGAAGAGGGGCAGCAGAUUAGAGCAGAUAAGAGGAGAGAAAAUGACAAAUAUAUUAUUCUUGUUGUUUAAGGCAGCAUUGUACAUGGGGGGAAAAAAAAAAAAAGUCCUGUGGUAUUUCUUUGUUAAUUUAUCUUGUAGUGAACUUUAGUAUGAUAGUAGAAAAUGGCAGUGGAAUGGCAUCUUGUUUAGAAACUCCUGAGUAGAUGGACUUUUCUGCUUGGAAAGAAGUGACUGCAGGGAUGUGACACAAAUGCAUGAAGUCAUGAAUACUAUAAAGACUGGUUUCUGCAAGAAGAGUCGGGGUGCAUCCUGUGAAAUUUAGAAAUGUAUAAAAACCAAAAGGGAAUACUUUUUUUACCCAGUGUAGGUGAAGGUUUUUAAUCCGCUGCUGAGGGUGCUGUGGGUGUCCGAGUAGUUAGGUAGUUCAUGGAGGGUGGGUCCACAGGUGGGUUGUCUGGAUGCAGUUUCUAUCCCUGAAUCCUUAAACCUGUGAUUCAUGGAGAUGGGACCACCAGAGUGGUUUUACACAUGCCCUGUUUCUUAUGCUGUCCCCUUCUGGAAGCUGCUUAGAUCAGAGUACAGCUCAGGGGGUGAUUCAUAAUCUGGCAUUCAGUUACUCCCUGUUGUUCAGUUGGACUGUAGAAUACGGUUUCGUGGGAUUUGCUAGGAAAAAUGGUUUUCAGGGUUCUUCUCAGAGAGUGUGUAAUGGCAGAGUUUCCAGUUUUGGAUGUUCCUUCUCCAAGUGCUCGUGAUCAUUACAGAUUGUCACUGUUUAAUACUGGAGCCCACUUGGGCUGGGCUGUCCAUGCAGGAAUUGUGAUGCACGCUUUGCUGUCUGUGGGUAAUAAAUUCAUUUCUGGAAAGCGAAAGAAAUGUUGAGAUAGGUCACCUGCUGAUUCUUUGGUUAAGUAUUAUUUUUUUAAUAUUUUCCCUCACAAGUAAGGAAAUAGUAGUCAUGUCUCAGAGCCAGGAGUUACUAGGAUGUGGAGUGCAUUUUCUUGGCUGCUUUGGCUGCAUGCUUUCUUGAGUGGCCACCCCUGGACCUUGGCAUUUCUGCAGGUGUUGCAGUGUAGAGACAGAGGUGCAAGAUCCAUCCACGCACAAAUGGUAUUCCAUUUUGUGAGCAGGAAUAUAGCAUGCAGAGGCACUGAGGUAGGAUGGGAAAGUAAAAUUUGCAUUUGUGUUUGAAGGCAAGCUCAGCAUGCCUUUCUGGCCAGACAUGUCUUUCUGGCCUAGUGUGUCCUGGAUGUGGGUUUCUCAAUAUCACAGACGUAACCUCAGGUACUUUACACACCCAUGUUUUUUUCUUCUCUUUCUGAGUUUAUGUGGGAUAUCCAUCUGUUGUCCUCGGUCUGGGAGGGCACUGAAAUCCCUCUGCACUAGCCAGUAAAUGCCUGUUGUUGCCUUGCUCCUUGCCCUUAGAGCUUGUUCUCAAUGGCUUGUUCACCAGUGCAGGAACUCUGUGGUUAUCACCCUCUGCUUAGUGCCCUGCGGUGAAUGAUGGCCACAAACUGCAAAGGAAUGAGGAACAGACUCACUUUUGUUUGAUGAAAAUGCAGAAAUUCACUGUCUUGUGCCUUUGUCUUGCAAGGCUGUGCACUGCAGGAGAACACAUGAAGUCUUGGGUGAGUGCUGGUCUUCUCUGACCUCUAGAGAAGCCAUGGGAAGGACUACAGGAAACUCUCACAACAGCCACUGGGUUAUGGAGAUGGGGAAGGGCCACUACCUCAGGCAUUUCCUUUCCUUCAAGUCUCAUGAUAAGGCUUGGAUGAAUAGCAGAAUGAAUUUGUGUUCUACUUUCUCAUUCCUGAGCCAACAUAAAGCAUUUUGUGAGAUCUGGCCCUUCCGUCUGUAAACAGUGGUUGCAUCUUUUACAGUUAUGCUUAGCUUGAAUCCAUGUUGGUUUUUUACUUUAAUGCCUAAAAUAUCCAACUAAAACGCCAUUUUUAGAAGGGAAAAUUGAGAAUUUCUCUACUGAAAAUGCCUAAAUGAAAUGCUUUAGUAUUUAAAAAAAUAUAUUCCUGUGUUCUUUAAGAGUAAUUCACUAAUGUGAUGUGAACUCGUGUAUCUUUGGUCCAUUUGGAGCUCAGGUUUUCUGUGAAUGUCGUUGUUGGGUGUUGGAGAAAUGGGUGUGAGGCUCUGUUCCUGCUCCAUCAGGCAUGGGAAUCCCCAGGCUGAAGCACUGUGUGUCAGCUGAGAGGCCAGGGAAGCUUGUCACCUUCUGGGUGUGCCUGCCCUGUCCCACAGCAAAGCUUUUUAACUUUGCUCCUUGAGAGGUCAGAGUCAAGGGAAGGGCCCUGCAAUGCCUUCACACAGCAGGGCUUUUGCAAAUACCUGAUAAGGCAAACUGGAAAUGAAACUAAAAGAGGCUACACCUUUUACCAGAAUUCAUUGGGUGAGAUUUCAGCUCUGUUUCUUCACAGGGUGUUCAAGGAACAGACUGGAAAAAUAGCUCCUCGUGACUGGGAAGUACACUGGGGUUAUAGUGAAUUAGGAGGAGCUCUGGCAGCUUGUUCAGCCUCUCCCCUUAUCUUCUCCUCUGUAUAGUAACCUCAUGAAGAUUUCCACUGCCUCUCAGAAACAUAUAAGCAAAUAAAAACAAUUCUAGGAGCCCAGCCAGCCUAGGAGGCAGAACGGAUGUGAUUACCUGGUUAAAAAUUGCUCUGAAUGUCUUCAAAUUGUGCUGGUUUCUGUGAGGUCAGCCAGCUGCCAUCCCUGCCUCUGUCCCUGGGGCUGGCACUGAAGCUGGAGUGCCCUCUGUCUGGUUCUCACGGCUGUCCUGCCGUUCCUGGCCCUCUGUCCUGUGGCAGAGCUUGAGGCAGGUUCUCUGCGAACUCCCGCCUGGAUCUGUUCUUGCUCAUUGCCUGGAAACUGGAGUAAUUCCACUUGCAGGAACAAAAAAGCACUGAUUUAAGGAAACCAGACUUAACCAUCCUCUGUAAAAACUGGGUGCCGUUGCCUGCAUCUGUAACUUAGGAACUAUCUUGGAAAGCUGUGCUGUGUCUCCUCUCUGGAGAGGUGCUGGAAACCCGGGGUUGCUGUUGGUAGGAUGGCUGGCAGGGAGAGGAGGAGGCACAAGCUGUGCUGCAGGGAGGACACUGCUGAAGGAAUGCCACCAAUUUACGUGGAAUGAGCCAAAAGGUUGGGAGGAGUAAGAUAAGCAAGAGCAGAGCUGGAGGGCUCUUAUGGGGCACUUGCAAAGCUCCUUCAGCUUUGUUUUCUGAUCCUUAGGUAGGGAUCAGAAGUGAGGAGCUUCAGGAUGUUUUUUUUCUGAGCUGUUUUUAUAGCUGAGCUCUAUACAGAGCACUAUACAGAGCUCAGCUAUAUUGCUUAGAUUACAGUUUCAUUUAACUCAAGUGAGGCUAACAAGAAGGUUGUUAUUACCUGGAUCGAUACUGUAUGUUAUAAAUAAAUACCCUUUAAAUGCUGGUGUGCUGGUCCAUUUAAAAUCUUCAGCAAUAAGGGUGGCUUCUGCAUCACGAAAAGCAUAAAAUCAAUGUGUAACUAUAGCCACGUGUACCUGUAAUGAUCUGGCACGGCUUUUAUUGGAUGGACUUUGGAUGUAUUGUUUAGGGGCAAUUGCUCAAAAGUGUUCCUAAUGGAGAUUAAGUGAGAAAGAAUCCCGUGCCAGUUAGGCAGCAACACGGUGCUUCGGGAUUUCUGUUUUCGUGCAUGUUUUCUUUGUUCUUAUCUGCUUACAUCAUGUAGACUAAGUGUAUGUUUUAAAUUUUAAAGCUGAGAUCCAACAGUAUUUAACAAACAUCUCUCAGCUCACGCACUGCUGUGAAUGUUUUCGUGACAGAGUAAACAAGUAAGGAAAUUAAUAUUUUUAAUAAAGUAGUCUGUUUUGAAUUUGACAUAGUUGCUUUAGUAGUGUCUAAAACCCCAGAGUGUGUAUUAAAGGUCAGUAGCCAGAUGGGGACUUUGUGCAACCGCAGAAUACCAAAAUACCUGUACUUGAGUGUGUUAGUAUUCUGCCUCAUCCUGAUGUGAGAAGAUUGUUAAUAGGUCAAUAGUUGUCAGUUCAGUACAUCUCUCCCAUUUCACCCUAAACACCUGACAUUCCAAACCAUCUCUGUGCUCACACUAGAGCUGUUCUUUUUUUUAAAUUUCAGUAUUUAGUUUCCUUCCUCAAAAAAAAAAAACACAAAAAAAACCCAAAAAACAAACACUAAAAGGAAUCUUUUAUUCUUCACACGUUUUGGAGGAAAAAAAAAGUCACUUAAUAGGUGGAAUACUGUGAAUGUUUAUACUUCUUAAAAGAAACAACUUAAUGAAAGCAGGUUUUGUUCAGUUUCAGAUGUGAUGUAAAAAUAAAUGCUAAUAAGAAAUCUGGGCAGCUGUCUGUGGUGGGACAUAGAUUCUUUCAUAUCAGAGAAAACAAUGAAAAAUAGCAAAAGAUAAGCAGAAUAGGAACUCAACUAGACUAAAACAGUGCCAGAAGAUCAAGCAGACUUCAAGGGAAUCAGAAUAAGUUACAAGAGAACUUCAUCAUAAAAAGUAGCUUCCUUCCCCAGGUACAACUAGUCAGUCUGGUUUGCUCCAGGCUUCUGGCAGCAGCUGAAGUUGUGGCUUUUCCAUCCCACUUCCCAUUUUAUGAGGUCCAGGAAUUUUCAUCCAUUAGCAUGUCCUAUAUUGCCUGUUGCCCUACAGAAAGCUUUUAAGGAAAUCUUUGAGUUUCCGCAUUCUGCCAGGAUGUUUUAGGAUAGUGAUUCCCGAUUUGCAAAUCUUAGUUACAUGUGAAUUUUAGGAACCUCUGCUUUAUAAAGGUGGCUUUGAUUUUGGAGGGCUGUUAACUGAAUUUGGAAGGGUUUCAACUGGAGCAGAGUGUAACUCCAGUGCUGCUGGAGUGACAGAGCUGCCUAGCCGAGCAAAUCCUUGCCCAGAGAAGGAUUCUUGCUAUUUUUCCUCUUCUGCCUCCCCUCCCCUGAGGCUCCUUGCAGUCUUCCUCCCCUCCUGUCCCCCCUCAGGGACCUGGAGCAGCCAGAUGCCACAGAACAGGUUUGAAACCAGUCAGCAAACGCGCAGAUCGAAUUAUGGGAGCAGCAGAAGCAUUUCUGGGGCACAUUCUUCUCGCAGUGGGGUGAGUUAGAGCCUCGCUGCACACCCCUGGAGUUCACUUUGCAGGAAGAAAUGUGGCAUUUUUUACAUGUUUACACCAUUGGACAGUAAACUGGAGAAAUGACCCCCGUCUUCCCAUGGAGCCCUCUUUAUUUGCUCUCCCUGCGGGUGGUUUGUUGUGUAUGUAAUAGACUAUAGUCUGGAACCCUUCAGACAGUUGUGCUAAAUGUUGCAGUACAGAUUAGGUUAAGUUUAAAAAGUUCUGUAAAAGCAAGAAAUGAUCUGAGUUGGAAACCAGUGAGCCAGCUGUAACGUGUUUGAUCAGUCUGGAGAGUGUAAUGGCCAAACACUGGGGAAGGCUGCACCAAGGGGGACCUCCAGUCCUGGCAGGGAACAGUCCAGAAGACAAGCUUGGGUGAGCUGCUUAUCAGAUCAUGACAGCCCAUUAGCUAAAGGAAGGAAAGGUCUCCCAGGGAAGGUGGAAAGAAAUCACAGUGUGUGUUAGUUUACAUGUUUCUCUUCUAUUUACUGUUCAUGAACAUGCAAACCUGUAUUUUGCAUUUUUUAUGUCUGUUCUUACUGGUAAAUUAUUUCAUGUCAAAGUCUACCAUGUGAUUUUGUUUUGUAGCCCUGAAACUAAGGGUGUUGGUUUUUAUCCCAGUACAACUUUGUAGAUCUCGAUAAAAGAGGAGGCCCCAUAACUUUCCAAUCUGUCGUGUAACUUACAGCAGCAGUUGAUUCAGAGAUGCAUGAGAAUACACAGUUCAAGUUUAGAAAUCUGGUUUAAAUGCUGGAUUUAAAAAAAAAAAAAGUCUAUUUUUUUUCCAGUAGCCUACAAAUAGGAAAUGGAGUCAUUUAGGCUACUUACUGACGUUUACGGAGGUCAUUUUGCACAAUGCUGUAGGUGGUUGGGUCUGAUUCAGUAAAACAAGAUAAUAAAAUUACACUCAGCUCCCAGACUCAAGCUUGUCUCCACAGACUCCACAUGUGAAGGCAGCUGAUGCUCUCGCAGGAACUGUACUCCUCAUCCCAACCCACUCAGUCUCGGACCUAAAAAUUCCCUCUGGCAUCACCUCUUGGUCUGGUGCUUGUUAGUCACAGCCAGCACCCCCGUAGGAUGGUAGGAAAGGGAAACAAGCACCCUGCUUCUGAGGUAUUUUGCUUGAAGCAAGUAAUUUGCCUUUGUUUUCCUCUGGAGUUAGAACUUUUAAAGAUGAGUAAAACAUUGCAAGGUAAUCCACCACUGUUUGUAGUUUGGCUGCUGGAAACCAAUGAAAAAUUCCUUAAUCAACAUCUGUCUUGUCGUAAGCACUGUAGGAAAGCAAAUAUGUUUUCACAGUCAAGGAGCAAGGGACAGAUGAGCUGUUAGAGCUGUGUUUGUGCAGUACUUCAACAUUUCCAGGUUUAUUGAUGCAUCAAAAUCUUUCCAGUGGGCUGUGAUGAAUGAGCCACGAGAGUGAGGAAUGUGUUGUGUCAUGGUCAGUGUGACUGGGCAGAGCAAAGCUGAGCUGAAUGAAACAGUUGGAUGCUUAUGCUUACAGGAAUGAAGCCAUUUAACCUCUUGAGAAAGUAAUAUUAUUACGACUCCUAGAGAGUUGCCCAGAUUGAAGGGGCUUUAGAAUUUAGAAAAAGGAAGAAGAACCAAAAGAGGAAAAGAAAAAAAAAACCCCACAAUAUUUUCUCUUCUAAAUAUCUGAAGCUUUGUAAUAUGUUGUUUUGUUACAGUAAUUCUCUGCUGGGUAGUCAUAUGUACCUUGUUAUUAUGCAGACAGUAAAAUUAGAAUUGUACUACAGUAGAGGCUCUACCUAUUUUCUAGCUGCAUAUAUUUCUAUAAAAAUUACCAUACGAGGUAUGCAGUUAUAUUCUGCAUAUGAAACAGUGUGAUUUUGGAGCUUAUGUACAAAUCUUGAUGCAUUUAGAAGCAUUAAUAGCUAUUUUCUGAUUGCAAAGAAUUGGUGGUGAGACAUCAGCUGCAUCUUUAGAAGAAAAAUUGAGUUCUCAAAGCAGUUUUAAGUGAAGAGCAUUGUGCGAUGCCAUGGGUGAAGCAUAACAUCCUGAAGUAACUAAUGAGCAAAAAAUGAUGGUAAUAUUUACAGUGAUUCCCUGGUUUGUUGGUAUUUAUUUAACCUUUUAGAGGUGUAAGGUUGCUCUUCUGGAGAUACAUGUGUAUUACUUGCAGGCACUCAGAUUUGAGGUCUGUUGGGUCCAAAAACUGAGCCUAAACCAGAAUAUCCUUUCAUUUUCUUUCCCUAUUAAAGCACUGCAGGCAAAUAGAUUUCUUCCCGAGGAUGUCUCAAAUCUCACAGUCUUAUGCUGAACGUGCUGUCAGCUUUUGAUAGGGAUUCAUUGACCAAUUCCCUGGCAUUUUCAGUGAAAACUGAUCAUCCUGUCCUAUCUGAUGACUCACCAUAUUUUUAGAAAUUUGUUUAUCAAAUAGCUGCUACCUGUACCCAAUGGCUUUUAGAAGGACUCCUGCUGACCUGCUGCCCUUGUCUGUGGAACCUAUGCUCUGCUUUUCAAAACAUAUUCAUCUUUACAAGGGCUUUGGAGUUAAUGUGCUGUGCAGCUACCAAAAUAGCCUUUCAUUCAUCCAGCUCCUCUCAGUGGACAGAUGUAUGGACAGUAGAUGCUGCCACAGACACAUGAACGAAACAGUCCUUUCCCUUAAACAGUCCUAUAUUUGAAGUCUUUCUCAAUAUAGUCAGAACUCUUAUCUUUGGAUUACUCAAUAACUAUGCAACUCAAUAGCUAGAGAAUGGUUCUGAAUUAUGAAUGAAUGCUUUGUUUAAAAUCCAGUAGCUUUUUUGUUUUUUUCUUUUUUGUAGAAGCUUCUCUGGUGCACUGCUCUGCUCAGGCUUUACCAGAGCGUGGAGUGAUUUUACCUCUACAGAAAUUUGCAUUGUAAUCUUGAUAGCGAUCGUGAACAUUAACUUUAUAAUCCUCACUGGGGAAAUGGAGCGAUGAAGUAUUGGUACAGCAGUAAAUUGGAGUAGAAAACAAGAAGCAGGAGGGAGUAGGGUGUUAGGUUGAAAAACUACAUUUAGCAGAGGAUGUCCUGUUGAGAAGGGUGUCCUCCUCAAAUAGAUGCCCUGCAUUCAUAACGCCCUUUCUGUGCUCUGAGUAAAUGGCUUAUUGUACUGCCCACAUACACUAAGUCAUUAAUUUUAACCUGGUAAUAAAAGUAUUUGUAUAAAUGUGAAUUGAUACUUUUCUCCCAAAGCCCCACUGGCAUUUAAAAGCUGGCUCUUGUGUAUUUCAGUAAUACUGCUUAUGCUAAGCAUGAAAAAAUCACGGGUCAAACCCUGUAAAAUUUUGGCUAGCUUUAAACUUGAGAUUUUAGAACAGUGUAGAUAUUGUACUUUAUUUAAUCUAAUAUCCCUGCUCAAUGAGGUCUGUCCAUCAUCACAGUUGUCUGUGUUUCAUAGUCUGCUGAUUUCUUUAGUAAAACUAGUCAAGGCUCCUUUCCAAAGUUUUUCUGCCCCUUACUGCCUCUUCUAGGAACCUGCUGCUUUGUUUGUGACCUGAAAUAUCAGAAUUGUUAGUGAUUAUGAUUACUGUCUCGGUACUCCUAUUUCUACUCUUCUGCCACACUGAUCUUGAUUUCCCUAGCCCUGCUGUGCAUAAGUCUUUAUUCCCUUCACUGAGGUGAUCUUGCUGGAGGAGGGGGCGGUGCUCUCUUCUCACCGCUGCAAAGUGGUGAUGCUGCUCCCGUUCCCCAGGGCAGAGGCAGAAAAGGAAACAAAGCUACUGUUUGCACAAGGUAAGGAAGGAUGAGUAGGAGAGGAUGCAAAGGGUUUGGCCUAGGGAGGAGGUCCCACAGGGAGGGGAGAGCUGCCUGGGGAAGAAACAGGAGAGAGGAGGGAUCUUUGCCAUGCUCAGCCUCCUCCCCUGGACCUUACUGACGCCAUGUCCAAACCUCACGCCACGAAUGGAGAUACACUUUAUACUGCUGUUCAGUCGGCAGGGGAAGUUAAGGCUUCAGAAAUGGUACACGACGCUACCUGAUAAAGAGAAGAAAAAGAUCAUUCGAGAAAUUGUUCAGAUUAUUUUGUCUCGCAAUCAAAAAACAAGUAGUUUUGUUGACUGGAAAGACCUCAAGCUUGUUUACAAAAGGUAUGCCAGUUUGUAUUUCUGCUGUGCAAUAGAAGACCAGGAUAAUGAGCUCCUGACACUAGAGGUCGUUCACCGAUAUGUAGAGCUGCUGGACAAAUACUUUGGAAAUGUGUGUGAGCUGGAUAUUAUCUUUAAUUUUGAGAAAGCUUAUUUUAUUCUUGAUGAGUUCAUAAUUGGUGGAGAAGUACAGGAAACUUCAAAGAAGACUGCAGUGAAAGCCAUAGAAGACUCUGACAUGUUACAGGAGACAGUGGAAGAAUACAUGAACAAGCCUGCAUUUUAAUGUUAAACUACCUGGAGAGAAAACUGCUGUGUGCACCUCUACAAUGCACUUCCUGAAAUUGCUUCCCAAAGUGCCAGAUUCUCAGAGCAAUACCAAAAACCAGUAACUGAGGGGGUUUGUUUGUAUAAUGGUAAAGAUGAAGGUCAGCUAAUGUAGCACAGGGUUUAACAGUUCUGUACUUUGUAUUACUCUGCAUAUGAGUUUCUCAGAGUUGUUAUUACCCUGAAUAUAGUUUUCUCUUCUUGCUGGACUGAACUCUUGUUUUUUAACAUGCCUUUUAGCUACAGAUUUUGUCAUCAUAAAAUGCUACUCUGACAGUACUUUGAAGAGAUAUUUUUACUAGUUUUGGUUCACUGCUGACUGUAUGACUCUACUUUUGUACAAAUGUCCAUUAUUUUGAAUGUAAUGAUUAUUCUGCUCUAAUAAUAAUUUUUUUUCUAAAAGCCAAA